CUUUUCUUGCACCAUCACUGUACUCUGCCGGGCUCUCUUCCCAUCAAUCCUCUCCGCAUUCAAUUCGCCUCUCUCUCUCUCUCUCUCUCUGUCUCCGUUGAUACCCAAAUUAUCAUCCAUGGAAUCCCUUAUCCACGGGAUUUUUCGAUGUGUCCUUGAAUCCCUUAGCCUCUGUGAUACAACCAAAAUCCCCAUUUUCUUCUCCUGCCUUCAUGGCCUCUUGCAUUACUAAACCAAGAUCCCUCCAUGCUGUUUGAUUGGAGAAAACCAAGUGGUUUUCUGUGAAAAAGAUGAGACCUUUCUCAUUCUGGUGUUUUUUCCUUUUGACUUGGUUUUGCUGCUGUGGUUUUGCUCUCACUGAACACUAUCUACACUGGCGAUUCAGUUUUUACUGACCAUGGACUUGGGGACGGCAAUCAGUGAGCAAUAUAUCUCAAACCGGAAACUUAAGGAGAGACAUUAUGAGAUUGAGACCACCAAAGCCAAGAGGAUCCUGAUCGGUUUCGACUUGGAUGAUUACCCUCGUGUUGAUCCGGUUCCAAGUUCAAAAGCCACUAUAAAGAAUGGCCCAAUUGAACACGGAACUCCCGUCAUGCCAUACAUUUCCACAACCCACUCCUCCAAGCCAUCCUACUCCCCGGCACGGGUAACCCCUCGCAUUACCUGUGUAUUAUCUUAUCUUUUGCAGCCAUCGUUGGCCUUGUAUCAGUCAUGGCAAAUUCAGUAUCGUUUAUUUGGUAACUCUGCUGUACUGUUUGCAAACAUGCCUUUUUCCAAUGUAGUUUCGGUUGUCUCUAUGAAUUAAUAAUCUUGCAUUGAAAUGUUGUU